UGCAAGCGGACCAGCAACGUACAACUAAACUAAACGUCGUCAAAAUCGAAGAACUUCACAAAAAGACUGAUAUAUAGAUAAUAGAUUAUAAACUGGGAGAAGAAAAAAAAACAGAAAUCGAAGUUUCCCACUGCUUUAGUUGCAGAACUUGGCUUGCUUUGUUAGAGAGUAGAAUCUUGUUGCCCCGCGAGAAAUUUUGUGGAGCUCAGCAUCGACAGUACUGCCGUGUAAGGUGGAAGUCACAAGAUGGCUAAGCAAUCUCAAACAGUUUUCCUUGAAGUAUGGCUGCAAAGCAUCAUUGGUGGGAGCAGCAGCAGUGUGAGCUCAAGACAGCCAUCUUUGACAUCUGCUCAAGCCAUAAUACAAGCAUGGGCAGAUUUGCGGGAUUCAGUUCAACAACAGGCCUUCAAUUCUCAUAACCUCCAAUCUUUGCAUACUCUUGUUACCUCUCAAAACUCACUGUAUAUUGCUGAUCCACAAGCAAAACUUCUACUCUCUCUUAUGUCCUCACCUAAAAUCUCCCUCCCACAGGAAUCUUAUUCUUUACUUCUGAAACUUCUGUAUAUCUGGAUUAGGAAAUCAUCCAGACCCUCUUCUCUUGUUGUUGAUUAUGCUGUUGAGGUUCUCUUGAACCUUUUCUCUGUACAUUUGCAUUCUGAAAAAAUCUCUGUUUUCUACUCUGAAGGUGUUCUUCUACUUGGUGCCCUUUCUUUUGUAACUUCAGCAUCAGAGAAAUCUAGAAAGGCCUGCCUAGAGAUGCUCUGCAUGCUACUUGAACAAGAUUUUAAAUUGAUCUGCAUGUCUGAAGGACUAAUUCCCAAUGUUCUUGCAGGAAUUGGUUAUGCUUUAUCUUGCCCUCUGAAUAUUUAUUUUGUUAGAAUUCUAGGCAUUCUAUUUGGAGUUUGGGACAAAACUGAUGUUCCUUUGUCUAGCAUUGAGAACGGACUUCUAGUACUACAUUUAACUGAGUGGGUCCUGUCAAAUUUAAUCAGUUCACACUCUUCAGAUCGCAUUGAUCUUUUCAAAAGAGAGAUAUUGGAGAGUCCACCACAGAACUAUGCAUCAUUUGCUGUUGUAAUGGCUGCAGCUGGAGUUCUAAGGACUAUCAAUAGAACCAAUGCAAAUUUGCUAUUGCACCUGAGAAUUCCUGCAGAGGAGCGAAUUGCAGUUGUUGCAGGAGACUUGAUUUCAAGAACUCGAGAUGCUAACUCUUCAAGUGUGAAGCUGAAAAACAGUUUUCUACUACAAUGUGUGUCAUUAGCAUUAUCCAAAUGUGGUACUGUUUCUCAUAGAGCUUCUCUUCUUUUCUGCCUUGCGGAAGCAUUACUGACUGAAAUCUUCCCAUUGCAAUGCAUCUACACUAGGAUCCUAGAGUCGCAUGCUGGGAAUUUGGUGGAAAUUGAGAUAAAUGUUCAGGAGCAUUUGCAUAGCACUAUAUUUAAAGAAGCAGGAAGUAUCACUGCUGUUUUCUGCAAUCAAUAUGUCUCAUCUGGUGAAGUAAACCGAAGUACUGUAGAGAAUCUUAUAUGGGAUUACUGUCAGGAUGUCUACUUGUGGUAUCGGCAGGUGGCUUUAAUGCUACAAUACAGGAAGGAUGGUUUAUCUGUUAAUCUAGAAAAAAUUGCUGAAUCUGCUUUCCUUAUGGUUGUGGUCUUUGCAUUGGCAGUAACAAAGCACAAGCUAGGAUCGGGUAUUGCCCAUGAAGAUCAAUUGAAACUUUCUGUACAGAUAUUAGUUUCUUUUUCUUGUAUGGAAUAUUUCCGACGGAUGCGUUUGCAGGAAUAUAUGGAUGUAAUUAGAGCAGUUAUUACUAGUGUACAGGAAAAUGAAUCAGCUUGUGUGUCAUUUGUGAAAUCAAUGCCAUCUUACGCCAAUUUGACAAACAAACCAGGGUCGUCCACUUUUCAAGAACUGAACUAUUCAUGGUCCACUGAUGAAGUGCAAACUGCUCGGAUGUUGUUUUAUUUGCGUGUUAUUCCAACUUGCAUUGAAUGUAUGCCAGCCUCCAUGUUUGGAACAGUGGUGGCACCAAUUAUGUUCUUAUAUAUGGGUCAUCCAACUCGGAAAGUAGCUAGAGCAUCGCACUCAGUAUUUGUGGCUUUCAUUUCAUCUGGAAAGGAUCCUAACCACGAUGAAAGAGUUACACUAAAGGAGAAACUUGUCUUUUAUUACGUGAAAAGAUCUUUGGAGGCAUAUCCAGAUAUUACACCUUUUGAGGGAGUUGCUUCUGGAGUUACUGCUCUUGUUAGACAUCUUCCUGCUGGAAGCCCGUCAAUAUUCUAUUGCAUCCAUAGUCUUGUUGAAAAAGUAAAUAGCCUCUGCUCUGUUAUCAAAAAUUGGGAAGGAGAAAUAGAGCCUACGAAGAAAAUGUUAGAGUUACUCUUGAGACUCCUUUCUCUUGUUGAUAUACAGGUUCUGCCUAGUUUGAUGAGGCUACUGGCCCAGAUGAUUGUUCAACUACCCACUGAUGGCCAGAAUAUGGUUCUUAAUGAUUUAUAUCAACAGAUUGCAGAGUUAGAUGAUGUUACAAGGAAACCAGCGUUAGUUUCAUGGGUACAGUCACUGUCUUAUCUUUGUUCUCAAGAUACUAGCAGGAGAGUUUCGAUUGAGGCAUCAGAAGUGCACACUGCUUCCAUUGGAAAUACAGACACGUUAAGCUUGAACAAAAUCAAUGCACGAUUGUGAUGGGCUUGUGAGUGAUGCAGCAAGGGCUACAAGAGUACAAGGAGAUCUGCUGCUUUUUGAACGCAUUCCCCAAAUUUGUGCUUAAUGCCAUGUCCUUGCAAGCCGGCCAUUGGAAUCAAUAUUAUAAGAAGUGUUCGCUACCAUCAUCUGGCUCGUCAUUCUUGCACCCGGCCAGUACCUAGCCUGGAAACUUCCAAGCCCGGCACUACAAGGUAUGAACUCCCAAGUGACUGCCUCAAAUCAAUUUCAGAAAUCAGAAUCCAUAAUCCUUGACAGUGUAAAAAAGAUUGGCUCAUCUGAGUAAGGCAUAUCCCUUGCUAUUGACCAAACACCUCAUGAACAGCUUUGGUGUGAGCAAGAGAACGGGGUGCUGUAGGGUGUAACACUGAAUCCUCAUUUAUCACUGCAUCUGGGUAUGGAAAUCAUGACAUCAUCUUUCUUUGUGAAUUUGUCCCUGGUUCAGUUUUCUCAAGCUAGGUUGUGCUUAAACUUCUUACAUCUAUGUAUGGACUAUGGACUACAAAGAAGUCCAUUGCUUUUCCAAGAUGGUUAUUGUGGUUCUGCUCUUACAAUGAACAACUGUUGCUUUACAUGCAUCAGAUAUAUUGUGUGUUUUUGUGUGUGUGUGUGUGUGUUUGUGUUUGGUAUUCAUGUAUAAGAACAGAAUCAGUAAUGAAUUAUGAAUGCCUUAAGAUUUUCCUUUACUGUCGUAAAA